AUGAAAGAGAUUGAAAUUAUAGAAGGAAAUAAAACCAAACAUUUAAUAUUCAAUAAUUUUAAAGAAAAUUUGGGACAAUUAAAGUAUUCAGAUAAUAGUAAAUGCUAUGAAGAACUCCAUAUAGAUUCCAACUCAAACCUAUUAGCAAUUUCAAAUAAAUUUGGGUUAUUAUUUAUGAUCUCACCAACACAAUCAAGAGAUUUAAUAGUUUUCUCAAUCAAUGAACUUUUAGACAAUAUUCAAAAUAGCAAAAUAGAAAAUAGUUUCACCUCAACACUCAUCAAAAAUCAAAUUACAGUACCAAACAUCAUUACAACCAACGGUGAUAAUUUAAGCACAGUUAAGCUUGUUGUUUCAAAUACCAAUAGUUAUUUAUCUAUUUCUUUUGGAAAAGUAAUUAAAAUCUAUUCAAUUUUAGACUUUAUAUCAAGUGGUUUGAAAAAUUUUAAACUUGUUUUGGAAAUUAAAGAUAAUUUUGAUGGGCCAUUAUACUCUUGUCAAUGGAACUAUAAUGACGAAUAUAUCGCCGUUACAACAUCAAGCUCCCUAUAUAUAGUAAAUAUUUCAAGGAGAUGUAUUAAUAAAAUCAAAACAAAUGAUUCAGUUUUAGAUGCAUGUUGGGAUCCAAAAAAUCCAAAUCAAUUAUUUGUUGGUAUCGAAGGUGACGUUUUAUUAAUUGAUAAAAGCAACCCAUCCAGACCCAUUAAAAUUUUUAAAAAUGCAAUUGGUGAUGAUUAUAAAGUAUCAACAAUUAAUUUAGUUUUGGAUAAAUAUAUUUUUGUUCAAUAUUUUAAAGUUGAACAAGACGAAUUCGAAGAUUCAGAUUUAUAUAUUUUUAAUAUUGACAACGAAUCGGUCGAAUCAUUUCCAUUACCAUUCUUCCCAUUAUCAAAUUUCCAAACUGCAGUCUAUACAAGUUCAUACAUCAGACAAUGGAAUAUCGUUAUAUUAGCAUCAAACAAAGGUGCAGGUCCAGAAAUUUUUCAUUAUAAUAAUGGUCAAUGGGAAAACUACUUACAAGCAGACUCUGAUAGAGUAACAAUUGAUCCACCAAUUGUUGGUAUGUCAUUAGUAACAUGUUAUAACACUCCACCUAAAAACAUUGAUAAGGUUACUGAGGAUGCUAGCUACCCACCUGUUCCAAUUUUAUUAUUAUUAUUAGAAAAUGGCUCAUUACAAAUUUCAAACUUUUUCAAUACAAAAUCUAAAGGUCAACCAAUUAUUCAAGGACCACAAAUACCAUCCGAACCAUCUCAACCAUCUGUCUUGAAAGACGCUCCAUCAUACCUAGUAUACCCACCUCUACAAGGAGCUCCUUUAGAGACCCCUUCAUUUUUCCCAUCGGGUCCCACUAUUGGUAUAUUGGGUACUCAACAACCAACUAUUGGAAAUAUAACACCAAUCAAAGUAUCUGCAUCCUCACGCUUGGGUGCCACUAGUGGUUUAUUUGGUAAUCAACAACCAACUAUUGGAAAUAUAACACCAAUCAAAACAUCUGCAUCCUCACUCUUGGGUGCCACUAGUGGUUUAUUUGGUAAUCAACAACAGCCAUUACAACAACCACAACAACCAUCAAUUAAAAAAUCAGCAACAUUAGCAAACCUAUCUCAAUCAAAUUCAAUAGAUACAUAUUCACCAACUUUAAGAAACUGUAUUGAAAAAUAUGAAAACACAAGUAUUUAUAAUUCAAAGACACCAAUUUCACAACAAAUUAAAAAGAAUUUAAAGUCAAUCGAAAAAUACUAUCAAAGUAUUAGAGAUAGCUCGAUCGUUGGUAAUAAAGUACUUGAUUCGGUUAAAGAAGGAUAUUUGGAAAAUCAUCAAAUUGAUAUGAUUGAAGAAUUUCAAGAUAUUAUUGGCCAAUUAGAAAAUCAAACCAAAAAGAAUGAAGACCAAGGCUCAGUAUUAAACUCUCAAGUAUUGAAAUACUAUUCCUUAUCUUUGAAUUUAGAAAGCUAUUUAAAAGAUUCAAGCAAAAAGAACUAUCAAGACUUACUUGCUAAUAGAAAACUAGAUCCAUCAACAUUAGAGCUCAGAGACAAAUUAAUGAAAUCCUAUAAUGACUUGUCAAUGGGUGUCCAAAAUGUUGAAACCCAUUUCAAAGUCUUAGAACAACAGCAAAAAGACCAACCAUCCAACUCCCAAAACGGCGAAUCUCACAACUCUAUCAAUUUAAUUUACCAAUCAUUAGCAAAUAUCUCCCAAACUGAAAACUCACUUAAAAACAAGAUCGAAAAUAUAGAAAAGAAAUUCAAUAAGAUCAACUUGAACAAAGAAAAAAAAGAAAAAUUAAAUGAUACAAUCGAUCUCACCCAAUACACAGAGUAUCAACUUUCAAAACUAUCAUUGGAUACCGUAAGCAAUGGUAAAGUAGCAACUGCUAGACAACCAGCCGAAAACUAUCGUCACGAAGUAAACGUUGUCAAAUCAAAUGGUUAUAAAAAUUUAAUAUCAAUUUUAAAGAGAAAAUCAAAUCAAACCAUUAAACCACAGUCACCAGAUUUUACAAGAUUUUUCAAGAGCGAAGAUAUUGAAGAGCUCGAAUCGGAUGAAGAUGACUAUAAUGAUGAAUCAUUAAAUAAAUCAUCAUUUGGCAGUAAAAACAAUUCUUUUUCAAACUCAUCAUUCAAAUUUAACUCAAAUAUUACUCCAGUUAAAUCAAACAGCUCCUCCACUAGCUCAACCCCACACAAACCAUUCCCAACAACAAUUAGUUUUAGUGCUGAUAAAUUUUCAGAAUAUGACGAGGAGGAUGAUGAAGACUAUGAAGAUUAUGAAGAUGAAGAAGAAGAAGAAGAAGAAGAGUAUGAUGAAGAACAAGAGAUAUACGACUCUGAAGAGGAAGAAGACUACUCUACUUCAAAUAUUAAUAAUAUUUCAAAUAACAAACCAAUUAUGAACCCAUCAAUAUUUGGUAAUGCCACUGCACCACCAGGUCCAUUUGGUAACAACUCUUUCAAGUCAAACAACUCACCAUUUGGUACCAAUGUCCCCACCCCAUCUUUCCCAAAUAGCUUAUCAACCUCACCACUAACUAUUGCCUCACCAUCACCAUUAACAAGCUCUCCUGCAUUUAUGCCAAAUUUAGAAAAAGAAAGAUUAGAGAAAGAAAAACAAGAAAAAGAAAGAUCAGAAAAAGAAAAACAAGAAAAAGAAAGAUUAGAAAAAGAAAAAUUAGAAAAGGAGAGAUUAGAAAAAGAAAAAGAAAGACUAGAAAAAGAAAAACAAGAAAAGGAAAGAUUAGAAAAAGAGGCUAGAGAUAAAGCUGAAAAAGAAAGAUUAGAAAAAGAAGCUAGGGACAAAGCUGAAAAAGAAAGAUUGGAGAAAGAGGCCAAAGAAAAAGCUGAAAAAGAAAAAUUAGAAAAAGAAGCAAAAGAAAAAGCCGAGAAAGAAAGAUUGGAAAAAGAAGCAAGAGAAAAGGCUGAAAAAGAAAGAUUAGAAAAUGAAGCAAAAGAAAAAGCUGAAAAAGAAAAAUUAGAAAAAGAAGCCAGAGAUACUUUUACCAAUGGCUUUGGUGGUUUGGGCUCUACACCCACCACAACCCCUGGAACCUCACCAUUUGGCACAAAUAGUGCCUCUACAAUCCCACCAUUCGGUACAGCAAAUCAAACAUCAACCCCAUCCAAUACCUCAAUUUUCAGCGGAAAUGCAUUUAAACCUGCUGCCACAUCUGUAUUUGGUUCAUCAACAUCUUCACCUCCUUCAAGUACCUCUGUUUUUGGUCAACCAUCAUCAUCGGUAUCACCAUUUGGUCAAACUAGUGUUUUUGGUAAUAACUCUGGUGGUUCUGUAUUUGGUCAAUCUCAAUCCACAAGUGGAUCUGUUUUUGGUAAUAACCCAUCCUCAUCCACAGGUGGCUCAGUAUUUGGCAGUAACUCAUCUCCAUCCACAGGUGGCUCAGUAUUUGGUAGUAACUCAUCCUCAUCUACAGGUGGCUCAGUAUUUGGUAGCUCAUCCAACCCAGCAUCAGCAUUUGGACAAACACAAAAUACCUCAUCCUCACCAACCUCUAGUACAACACCAUUUGGUGCUACCUCUCAAAAUACAUCAGCAUUUGCAAGAACAAGUGUAUUUGGAGGCGGUACAACCAGUGGUAGUGUUUUUGGCAGUUCAAAUAAUAGUAGCGGAACAUUUGGUAAUUCAUCAGCAUUUGGAGGCGCCUCAACAGCACCAACAACCUCUGCAUUUGGUCAAGCAUCAUCAAAUCAAAGUGUAUUCGGUUCCACUAGUGCAUUCGGUGGAACUAACGCAGCAGCAGGCGGUUCAGUAUUCGGACAAUCUUCAACACCAUUUGGAGGUGGCUCAGUAUUUGGUGGAGGUGGUCAAACUAAUAAUGGCUCGGUAUUUGGUGGAGGUGGCCAAACUAAUAAUAAUGGUUCAGUAUUUGGUCAAUCAUCAUCAAAUUCAAGUGUUUUUGGAUCCUUUGGUAAUACAAACCAACCAGCUUUUGGUGGCAAUCAAUGGGGCAAAUAA